UCCUUUCAGGGUGGGUGCGUGGCUCACUUGAUUUCAGUCAAAACUUGGUGGCAUAUUCAGAAUUUAUUUGCUGUGAAGUAGAGCAAUUACUUCUAGAUGCUGGUUGAAAUCAGGAGAUGCCAGCUCAGAUCUGACUAGGAAUCUACUCACCGAGGGGUCUGGCCUACCAUCCUUACCAGCAUUAGGAUGGCCAUUGAUGGAUAAAAAGUAGUUUCCUGGAUAUAUUUGACCAAAAGAAGAGCCUUAGAGGAAGAUGGAAGUGGCUGUAACAGGAGCUCUGUUCCUUCUUUGGGUUCUCUUCAUCUUCAUUUUCUAUUCCUUAAAAAUGUACAAGGAGAAAAGCCAGCUACCUCCAGGCCCCACUCCCUGGUUCUUCCUGGGGAACCUGCUGCAGAAAGAUGUCAUGCCUCUGAACAAAAACUAUUCAAAGCUGGUUGAGAAAUACGGCCCUAUGUUCACAAUCUGGAUGGGACCCAAACCUAUGGUCGUGCUUUGUGGAUUUGAUGUGGUAAAAGACGCUCUGGUGGAUCAUGCUGAAGCGUUUGGUGGGCGUAUUAACAGCCCCAUCAUUGAUCGAGUGACCAAAGGCCACGGGAUAGUUAACUCUAGUGACAUAGAAUGGAGAGAGCUGCGCAGAUUCACGGUUAUGACACUGAGAGACUUUGGAAUGGGGAAGAGAUCCAUGUCUGAGAGGGUGCAGGAGGAGGCUGUGUGUCUGGUGGAGGCAUUGGCAGCCACAAAAGGACAGGGCUUUGAUCCGACAACUAGAAUCACAUCCGCUGUUUCCAAUGUGAUCUCAUCAGUCAUCUUUGGGACUCGCUUUGACUACGCAGACAAGACCUUCCUAAAGCACCAACGCAUUAUAGAAAAUGAAGUUGGCCUUUUUCGUACUAUCUUGGGACUGCUGUACUCUGCUGUCCCUAAAAUAUUAGACUGCUUUCCUGGAAGGCACCAAAAGAUUUUUUCUGAUUGUGAUGAGUUGUGUGCUUUCUUCCGUGAGAAUGUGAAAGUACACAUGCAGACGCUGGAUCCUCAGAACAUCCGUGACUAUAUUGAUUGUUUCCUUAUCAAGUCUGAGAAGGAACAAAGGUCUGCUAGUGACACCUUCAGAACCGAAAACCUUGUCAUGACAGUGUUUGGACUUUUUUUGGCUGGGACAGGAACCACAAGCUUUGCCUUGAUCUCUGGCCUCAUGGUGAUGGCUAAGCUGCCACAUAUUCAAGCAAAAGUCCAACAGGAAAUUGAUGAGGUGAUGAGUGCCACCCGUGCCCCUAGCAUGGAAGAUCGUGUGAGGAUGCCUUUCACCAAUGCAGUUAUCCAUGAGAUUCUACGAUACCCACCAUCAAUUAAUGAGACCAUUCCCCGUACAACGUCUUGUGAUACAAAAUUCAGGGGGUUCACCUUCCCUAAGGGCACAGCUGUUGCUCCAAUGUUCACAACUGUGCACCGUGACCCUCUCCAGUGGGAGACUCCAGAACAGUUCAAUCCUGGACAUUUCUUGGAUGAGAAAGGCCAGUUCAAGAAGAAAGAUGCCUUAAUAGCCUUUUCGGCAGGGAAGCGGGCAUGCGUUGGGGAAGCCUUGGCGCGAAUGGAGCUCUUCCUGUUCUUCAGUACUCUGCUCCAGAACUUCACCUUCCAGCUGGUUGGAGCUGCAAAAGAUAUGGAUUUAGCCUCUUUGUUUACGGAGUUCAGAGCUAAAAAUGUCUCUCCUCUAAUGAAAGCCAUCAGACGUUCAAUGUGAUCUUGUGACAAAAGAUCACUCAUUCAACACCUCUCAGUUUCACAUAAGGGUAAUAGCCCUAGAUAUCAGGUAUUAAAAGUUUUCUUAGCAUGGCAAACGAGAAGAGCCUUUGACCUUUCAAUCCCUAAUGUCCAGUCAACUGUUCAUGGGCUCAUUAGCACUUAAUAAAAUGUUCCACAUCAUCAACUAUUGCAUUGUGUGUAUGUGUUUU